CUACACUAUAUAAAUACAGUAGGUUAUGGUAAAUGCAUGGAUUAAUAUUUUGAAAAUUAUUUUAAAAAGCGACUGUUUGUUUAAAUUUAUAAAAUUAUUCUUAUAAAUUUUUAUUUUUGUAUUUGCUACACAUUAUUAACAUGGACAAUUUGAAUAGUCAACCCAAAACUGACGAGGCGGGUGAUUACGGCGAAGCCGUAACUUACGAGGACUUACACCUACUAGUGGUCGACCGGUUAACCCCUGUACGUGACCUAAUGAUCACUGCCAGUGCCCAAUAUAAAACCCAGGGCCUAACAGUCCCUAUCAUACUUUACGAGGAUGUUAUCCGGUUUGCUACCGAAAAGUUACCAUGGUGCGGUCAACAGCUUAAGGCUAUUGACAAUAAUGACAUACGCCAUGCCCUGGUGUCCCUGUUCAUCGGCGAGAUUAACGGUUUUAAUUAUAUGGCUAACCGAUUGGCUCGGAUUAGAGCCGGUAGGGAACUGGUGGUUACGGGCAGUGAAGGGGAACUGAUGGUCAGGUUAAGGGCGUUGGAGGGGAAGAUAUUUUUGCUGUUGGAUCACGUGAUUAGUCACGCGAGACACCCGUUUUGGCAUGAUUUUCAUACCCAGCUACCCAAAUCGGACAUCGCCGCUGACUACGGGGAGGCCGUCACCUACGACGACAUGAGCGCCUACGUCGUGGACCUCUUAACCCCCGUUCGUGACCUAAUGCGGGAGGCGGAGGUUAAUUACAAACACCAGGGCCUAACCGUCCCCAUCAUAUUCUACGAGGACAUCAUCCGGUUCGCCACCGAAAAACUACCAUGGUGCGGUGAACAAUUAGUGGCCAUCCAGCCCAAUGACCUACGACACAUACAAGUGUCCUUGUUCAUAUCCGAGAUCAAUGGCACCAAUUUUAUGGCUCGACGUGUGUCCCGGUUGAGGGUCGGGAAGGAACUGGUGAUCACCGGUAGUGAACAGGAACUCAUGGGUAGGUUACAGGCGUUGGACUCGAAAAUUAGUUAUAUGUUGACUCACGUGAUCAAUAACGCCCGGCACCCCUUUUGGACUGACUUCCACACUCACAUAAGAGCUUUUCUAAGUGCCGAGUUCCCCAAACUGUACAAGGAGAUUAAUGCGUUGCCUACCACUGAACUGAGACAGAAAAACAUACAGUUGCUAAUCAUGGACUUGACACACUGCUUAUUGCCACCCCUGUAGUUGUGGUGGACAUACAUUAUUUACUCUACUUUCAUAAAAUAUAUUUUAC